CAGUUGAUACGUCCAGAAAUGGGGUGGAUUUAAGAGAUAUUUCUGCAACAUAAAUCCACCUGAAAUUACAUUUCGCACACGAACAAUGUUGUACACUCCGAUUCUCCGUUGUGUUGACCCGCCGUUGUGUGCGUGGUGACGAGAAGUCAAUCAGCUACAGCUAGCUGAGAGAUAUGAAUGAUAUCAAAUCAAAGAGUGUGUAUAGCUGGCUUGUGUCGUAAUGGCUCAAUUCAAUUACAGCAUGCAGGAAUUAGUAUACCACUACACAUUAUUAUAUUAUUAUUAAUAUCUGGUAUAUAUAGCCAUCCAAUAGCUAAGCAUACAGAUAUCGUCUACUAUUUUUAAAUUGACAACUGUCCGUCUGUCAGAAAGAAGUCCCAUGUUCCCUUUUUAUUCAGAUAAAAAUUUGUGAAGUUGCAUUAUAAUAAAUAUUGGUGUUUUAUUGUAAAUAAAUGGAAGUAAAUAUAGGAAAAGUGCCACUUUUUUAUGUUAAAAAUAUCAUGUUUCAAUAUGCCAUGGGAUCUUCUAAAAGACCGUUGUUGGGAUGGGAGGUCACUUCUGAGCAUGACGUCCAUUUCAGUUCUGUUUUCCAGGCCUCUCGCAUAAACAAUUCCCUAUUUGCAUAGGAGGAGGCCUCCGCACAAUGUACAGGCACUCGACUGAUGACGUAUCGAAUCCUCACACAUUGACUACAGCUGUUGUCAGACGCCUUUUUAUGCGCAGCGUAUGGGUACAGUACCAAGAAAGUAAUCUCUUUAUGCUGGUCGCAAUGCCAUAUGCUUAGCUGAAACAACGUUCCGAAUAACAUCACAAACAGGUGAAGUGGUUUAUGAUUAAAUGUCUGUCAAUCUGCCAAUCAAAUAAUUGAAACAUUGAAAACCUAUAUUGCAGAGCCAAAAAAUUAUGAUGGAAGAGGAAGCGGAGUUACAUUGUACCAAGUGUGACUUUGUGUCUCGAUCACAUUCGUCAAUGACACGCCAUAUGAAGGGUAAACACAAUGAGCAGUAUGAACCACCAUACCAGUACACAUGCGACCUCUGUCCCUAUGCUACAGGCAGUAAAAUGAACUUUGUUCUUCAUGUCCGAUCUCAUGCAAAUCCACAACAGUUUGUCUGCUCCAUCUGUCAUAGAAGUUAUAAAAAUAAAAGCUCUUUAAAUAAGCACAAACAAAGCCACCGAAACAAUCCAUUUUUCUGCACAAAGUGUAAUAAUAAAUUUGUCUACAAGAGCAAUAUGAAGACCCACAUGAAAACCUGCAAAGGAAGACAGAAACCAACUGUCAGACGCUUCCGAUGUAAGGAGUGUUCGAAGGAAUUCUUGUCUGGAGUUAGUUUACAGAUGCAUAUGAGAGAACAUGAAGACAUCAUGGAAUUAAAAUGUACUUACUGCAACUUUGUCAGUGACUCUCAAGAGGUUCUUUCCAGUCACAUGGAAGAUGUCCACCAGAUUGCCAAAGAUGUCAUUGAAGAAGGCAAUGACUAUAAUGUAAUUCUACAAAGAAUUAAGAAAGAACCUGGACUGGAAGAAGAGGAGGUUGGUGUUGGUAAUGGAGUAUCUGGUGACCAUGAUGAAUCUAAUCAGGUUGCUCAGAGCUCACAAUUUGAAUCUGAAUCGGGGCACAUAUGCAGUGAAUGUGGAUUUGUAGCUACUAGUAAUGGAGGUCUUCGAUACCAUCGGAUGAAAACACAUCCAACUGUUGCAGACAAAGCAAAAAUGCCUACAUGUAAACUCUGUGAUGAGAAGUUCCUUUACCCAUCUCAAUAUAACAGACAUCUUAUUAAACAUUAUAAGAAAGGAGACUGUUACCAGCUGGACAAUGAUGCGCCAAUCGGUUGUCCAUAUUGUUCCUUCAAUACUUCUAAUUGGAACUAUGUUUAUAAACAUAUAAAAAGAAUGCAUCCAUUCUACCCAAAAGUUACCCGUCAACGUCCCAACUCAUCAUCCAAUGAUACCAUCCAAGAUUUCUAUGGAACGACCACUGAUAACAUUCAACAAGAUGAAGAAGUUGGGUCCUCUACGAUCAGCCCACCAUCUAAGAAACGUAAAAGUCGUUUGUAUGCCUGUGACCUUUGUGAUUUCAGCAGCUGGAGUCAUGGUAGUUUGAGCUAUCAUAAGAAGAAGGUUCACUCGACUCACAGGUUUAAGUGUAGCAUGUGCUCUUACAAAGCUGUGAGUAGGUGUGAUGUCAUCAAACAUCAGAAACGGCACAACAAAGGGAAACCAUACAUCUGCAAGUCCUGUGGUGAUGGGUUUGAGAGUAAGAAGAAACUCAAUGCCCACAUGGCUAAUUGUCAUGAUGGACCAUUGGCAGAACCAGAGGAAGAGAUGAAAGUUGUAGAAGAAGUUGGAGAAGAAGAGGAGGGAGAAGAUGAAGUAGCAGAUACAAUUGUAGACGAGGAUGGCAAAGAAAUUACCCUGGUUACAGAAGAUAAAUCAGAUGACUCAAGGCCAUUCAAAUGUGAUGAAUGUGGCAGAUCAUUUAAACACCGAAAUAACCUACAACUGCACAAGCUGUCACACACAGUGGUCAGAAUACAUCAGUGCCAGCUAUGUAGUUUUGCUGCAACAUCGGCUGCAAGUCUUGGAACCCACAUGUCAGAGGAACAUGACAUAGAACAAAAAGAAGAUGAAGAUGAUGAUGUUGAUGAGAAUAUGUCUCAGCUGGAAGGUAGUGAAGAAUAUGAUGAAAGUGAAGAUGUUACAAAUGGAGUUCAGUCUAGUGAACAGCCAAUGUUUGUACGGAAAGGGGGUUUGUACAAGUGCAAAUUAUGUGCCUAUAGGAGCAAGUAUCCCUCAAAGAUGAGUCGCCAUGUGAAGAUCCACACCCCAAUCACAAAAAGCACAAGUUUUUCCUGUAAUCACUGUAAUUACAUGACAAGGUAUAAAUUUGCAUUAAAGAAACAUGUUAUGAAAAAACACAAACAGAAUUUAGAUGGGACACCAGCCUUUGAAGAAAGUCGGGGUGAGCUGUCACAACCAAUGAAAGUGAGUGAAAGUAAUGAAGAGAUGCUGACGGAGGUGAACUUUGACUCUCCAACUGGUGUAUUGCCAACUGAUGAUAGCUCUGGCUCAUCUAGAUUCAUUAUUAAAUGUACUUGCCGUGCAUGUCAUGGGAAAGCAGUUCCAAAGGACAGUGUCACAAGGGAACAAGAUGUAUUCACCAAUGCUAAUGAGAUGCUCAUUCAGAAAGUUCAGAAAGAAAAUAACGUGUUAUGGGAAUGUUCCAUCUGUGAUAAGAGUUUCACAGAGAAGAUUCGAUGCCUUCGUCAUAGCCUAAUACACACAGGAGAAAAACCAUACACAUGCAGCCACUGCUCAAGACAGUUCAAUUUGCGCAGCAAUGCCAAACGCCACAUCAUCAUUCACAUAAGAAAUAAUGGUGGUGAAAAACUCUCAAAGUGUACAAUAUGUAAUAAAAUUUUUGCUUUUGAAGGUCAAUUGAAGUACCAUCUGCGAACACAGCAUGUAAAUGGAGAUGUUGCGUUUGAAGAGGCGUAUGAUACUGAUGUUGACGCCAGCUUGAAAGCUGUUAAGGAUUCAAAAUUAGCUGGAAGCCUGAGUUGGCAUGGAGAGAUGAUGGAAAUCUCUAGAAGAUUUCGAUGUAGGUAUUGCAACUCCACAAUUGUUGGGAGAGCAAAUUUUGUUAAGCACAUUUGUUCACACACCGGACAAACACCAAUGUCAUGUAACAUAUGUGGAAAACUCUUUUAUGAUAGAACAUUAUUAUACAAACAUAAGUUGAUUCAUAAACGUAAAGCAAGUACCUGUAAAGGCUGUGGAAAGGUUUUUACUGUCCCUGCCCGCCUGGCAGAACAUAAAGUCACUUGCAUUGCAUUGAAAAGACUUAAUAAUGAAGUUUUAGGACCGCAUCAUGGAAAAGAGAGGUCUGUUCUUGGAGUGGACACUUCAGGUGAUGUUGAUGAAACUGGCAUGCCAAUGCCCAUUAUUAGUAGUGUAUACUCGCUUCAGUCUCCACAAGCUGUCAACACUGAUAGUAAUGCUAGAAUGAUGGAUGUACGUCAUGAAUUUGAGGCUCCUAAUGAUGUAUCAAAUUCUCAAAGUUACCAGUCUAAAGAAGAGAGCCCGUUGUUGUCCAAUAUGCUUGUACAUGGCAGGCUUGUUACCCCACAAAAAAGCCUCAGAUCAUUUGAACACAAUAGCUUAAGCCCUCGCAUCAGUCCAUGUGGAUCUCUGAUGUCAGAACAAGAUCGAACAGGAAGUCAUUUUGAAAGACCUGGAAGCAUGAGAGCAUCCACACCAUUAAAUAGACAUGGAGAAGGCAAAGACACCAGCAACCACAGUCCAACAAAUGCAGAUCGUGAAAAUUCAGUAGAUUCCAAGUGUACUGAUUGUUUAAGAAACUCGUGCCAUCAACUGAAGUGCAUUCACUGUGGUCUGAUUUUCUUGGAUGUUGUCAUGCAUACACUUCAUAUGGGAUGGCAUGGCAACAGGAAUCCUUUUGAAUGCCAUGGAUGCGGCAAGGAUUGUGGUGACAAAUAUAGCUUUAUUUCGCACAUCUUCAGAGAAAGCCAUAAGUGAUCCUCAAUUGUGUAGAGAUCCUGUAGUGACAGCACCUCAAGUCCCUCACUGUUGGGAAUGCUUCUACAUGUUAUAUCCUAAAUUAUAGAAUCUUUGUUUUUAUCAUCUUUUCACUUGCUUCACAUUUUCUCUCGCAAUAUUUCCCCAGUCAAAAUACUUGUAGAUGUGACUUCCAGGUGUAAUCUAAACGGUAAUACAGUAUAAAUUUUGAAACUUUGGUAUUGAAUGUUCAUUUAACUAUGAAAACUAACCACAUUUUAUAAAAGUUUGAGAAAAUUAUUUUUCCUUUUUAAACCUUUUCAGAACAUGCAUGUAUCUAUCUUUAAAAAGUUCCAAAACAUCCUCUUGUUUUAAUUUCGUAUAUUUCCCUGAAAGGCUCUGGAGAAAAAAAAAAAUUUUUAUGUGUUGUACAAAUUUAUGUUGUGUGAAUGAGUGUAGAAAGAAACAUCAUUUGUACAACAUAUUAAUUUUCCUCUUGAGUUUAAAAGGUUCCUGCGGUAGUAAUUUCCAAUGUACUUUGUGAAAAUGUUAGUGGCUGCUAAUUAGUAAAUUGUUACAUACAGUAGUGCCAUAUAUCAGAGGUGUAUCCAAGAUUUUUUCUGGGUGGGUCGUGAUCAUAAUAUUUUGGACCUUUUCACAAUGCAGUAACAGCAAGAUUGAUUAAAAUGUCAAUACAAUUUGCGCGAAGCGGAUAGCAGGCUCAGUUUCAAAAUUGCUGGAAUUGAGAUAGAUUUUAUCGUGAACAGAUGAACCUCAUCAAUGCUUUUUCAUUUGUCAAUGUGAAAAGGCCCUAGAAAAAACUGUCUUUGGAAAAAAUGUGGACCUUUGAAAAUUUGGGGAGGGUCGUACAACCUUCCCUUGAAUACACCCAUGUAUAUAUUUACAAUUUUGCAUAUGGUCAUUUUAUGCAACCUCUUUUAGUGUUGCAUUAUACUUAUUAUAUUGUGGUUAUUAUAUAUUGAAGUCAGUAACCUAAUAUUCUAUUUAAUUUGAUGAUUUGAUUAUAUUUUUAAAAUUCACAAUUAAAUUUACUUAUGUUGAUUAUGUUUAAUUAAUUAUAUUUGCACAUAUUUUGAAUUCAGAAAGUAUUGCAGAAUAAGUUGUCAAUAUUUUGUUUGUGGUGAUUUUCUCAUGUACUGUACUAUAUUUAUUUAGGUGUCUAAAAAAAUAGUUACAGGUUUUUGAAUUUUAUAUUUGAAAUAGUAGAAGUAUUGUACAGUUAAUCAUGAAUUGGGCUUAAUUAAGCAGUGUCCUAAAUACACAUAAAAAAAAAUCAAAUACUUUUAGACACCUCCACCCCACAACUGGCUAUAUUCUUGGGACUUGGAUUAAGUAUUUGUACAGUACAUGAAAGUCACUCAUAGCCUGUGCAGUCGUGAAUUUGUAUGUAAAUGUUAUAUUGUACAGGGUUUUGUUCCGAGUAAUUAAAUUAUAGUAGUGUCUGAAGUUUA